UAUCCUUGGUCCCGCUGGCCAACCCUAUCCGAUAGCGGUGAUCCUCGUGCUUGACAUCAUUAUCCUUGGAUGCUCCGGAGCGCCAACGCGGUUCGACCAUACCUCGUCGGAGCAGGCACUUACGCGCUGCGCUCCUUCGGCACCGCUGCGUUUUCUUCUCGCGCUCCCGUUGCCUCUUCGCUUUCGUUUUCCUCGUGUCCCUCAUUUGUCUGUUGGGUGACUCGCGCGGUGUCCCUCCUUGACCAGUGAACCCCGCUUUAAAAAGUCCGUGAGAAUCGUGAUAGUGCGCGAAGUCGGUCUUCGCGACGGAAUGACAGUCGCGCGAAGGCGAACGCGAUUGUGACGGUGAUUUGAUAACUCUUCACCUUGAUGUGGUGCGUCGAGAGGAACUGGAUGGAUAACGAUCUCUCUCGCGACAGUGACGAAUGAAGCUGUUGAUUAUGAUGAAGAAGAGGAGAAUUGAUUGCACGCGCGUAUAAUCAGAUGCAGUUGCUGUUUCUGCGGGCAAGAUCUGCGCGAAAAGUAUUUGUGCCGAUCUAAUAUCGUAGUCUCUCCGGAAGGAAUUCGACCGUUCACUGUGCUUCUUCCGCCGCAAAAUCACGGCCGUUUUGCCUUGAAGAAUAAAUUAAUACGUUAUCCGUAGUACACAGAGCAGAAUUAAACUUGACCGUUGGGCGGUCGCUGCUGGGCAUCAACGCUCUCCCGACGGCCGGAUGCUCGAACGAUUUUAUUCGUAAUAUUACGGUGCGUCGAAUAUCGAGUCGUGUAAUCGUAGUUUUAAGAGUUACAAUGGAGACGAACGAUCCGUCGGGUAGAUUAACGACGGAAGAUUUAUCGGAUUGCAUAAGCGACAGCAGCCACUCGGAGUCUCAACUAAGAGCGUUCCAAAGUUACGAGCGCAUCAAAGAGCUGAAUCUGUCGAUUGACAAAACCAAGGAAGAUGCGUCGACAGAGCCGAAGGACUUUCAUCUUAGUCUCGAAGGUGGCGGCGGCGGUGGAGGCAGGACGUCCAUGCGAUUCGACGAGUUUCCGUGCGAGAACUCGGCGAGGAACCUGACGAUGCCGCUGAACAAGACCAAAGAUUACGGUUACUCCGGCAAUAAUUUGAGCGAGAUCAAUUAUCCUUUGGACCGAUCGAACGAGAGCGAGGAGUCGGCGGAUGCGGCCGCGACGACGCUUUGCAGAUCUAAAAACUCCGCCGCUAAGAACGCGCUGUUCAAUCUGCGCGAGGCCAAGCAAAGGACGCCUCACGCGUCGUUGUCCUCCUUGGACAGGUACAGCAAGGAUCUCAACUUCGUGGUGGAGAAGGAGAUGAAGGACUUCAGUCUACUCAAAAACUACAGCCUCGAUCGCAUGAAGGAGUUCAACUUUUCCCUCGACAGAAUGAGGGACAAUCACAUCAGCAGCCUGGCACUCGAGAGACUGCGCGGUGGCGCCGGUUUGCUGGAAAAUCCUGGUAUGCUCGAGCACAAGGAAUUCAGGAACCUGCAAGUGCAGCCGAGGAAUCCUGAUCUCGAGGCCAUAGCUUUGGAACGCAUGAGACGCUCGCAUCUCCUCGGCACGGAGCUGUCCGCGCAAAACCUGUCGACGCAAGUGCCGCACUCGCACUCCAUCACGAAUAUGCAGCACUCUCAGCAACAGCAGCAGCAACAGGCCAAGUCCUUCACCAUCGAUGCGAUUCUAGGUCUGAGGAAUAAUCAGCGGGAAAAGCGGGGUCAACAGCAGCAGUAUAGAAAACAUCAAGGUCAGGAAGGUUCCACGAAGAACAGUAGUUCGAGUUCCAGUUCCGGUGGGGGUGGUAAAGUGAAGAGGGUGCGAACGAUCUUCACGGCGGAGCAGCUGGAACGUCUGGAAGGUGAAUUCGCGCGUCAACAAUAUAUGGUGGGCCCUGAGAGACUAUACCUGGCUCACGCACUUCGUUUGACGGAGGCCCAAGUCAAGGUCUGGUUCCAGAAUCGCCGCAUCAAGUGGCGGAAACUACAUCACGAGCAACAGAGCCAGAGGGUGCAUGAAUUUCAGCGCUCGUUGAACUCCUCAUUGGAGCACGAAGACAGCAACGAGACUGACAAAUGCUUAAAGCUGUGAAGAGAAACCGACACGUUCAACGGAGC